AUGAACAGUAUACCACGCCUACCAGAUAUCUCAACACAAAUCAAAGUUCUGCCGUUUAAGCGGCAACCAAUUAAGUCGCUCGGUGCGAAGGAACUGGCAGAAAAGAUUCGACAAGCGAAUGAAGAGGUUUUCGCCUGGACUUUUGCUGUUGAUUUUUCAGAAAUUUCGUCACAAGCAGUGACUAAAGGAAAACGGGCAGAUGUAGUUAUUGAAUGUGUUUAUACCGACAGCGAAAUUGAUGAGGAGGAUGAAGAUGACGACAAGAAGAACGUAUCCUCGCAGUUGCGUAGUUCUCCGCAAUAUUCCAGGCAGAAACGGUGA